AGGGCAGAUGGAAAAGUGGGGGUGGCCUGAGGGGGUUCUUGAAGAUGAGGCUCCAGAGGCACAUGAUGUAGAGGGCCUUUACUCAGCAGCUCACAACGAAGGGGAAGGAAGGGAGAGAGCCUUUUCUCUGCGAAAUACCAGGACAAAAGGAAAAGAAGUAUGAUGGUCAAGCCUUCACAGAGGAAGCAACAUGACUGCGGAAACCAACCCAAACUGAAGUCUCGCUUAAGUGUCUCAAUCCCUUUGAGGAUGUCCAGUUACAUAUUCAAGACGCCGGUUACCAGAAUCACAGCCCAUCCUGGCAACGAGGUCAGGUGCCAUCACUGGGAAGAAACCUUGGACAAGCCCCAACAGGUGUGCUGGCAAAAGAGGCUGCAAGGUCUCCAGGCCUGCAGCAGCGCAGGGGAACCAUUAAGCACUUUGGACCUUGCCAAAGCCUUGCAAGCGCUUGCACCGAGCUGCGCCGGGGGAUGUCUUUCAGGUGUUCUUGCAGGCGGUCUGAACCCCAGCCCCGUGCCCACCCCCGCUGGGUCCUCCGAUUUGGCAAAGAUGGUUCCAGAAGCCGGUCUGGGUAUCCCGCAGCUCCUGUGCAAACAAUUUCUGGUGACCGAGGAGGACAUCGGGAAACAGGAAAAGAAAGUGAAGAUAGCCAGGGAAAGGCUGGCUAUGGCGCUGGCUGUAGACAGACUCGCUAGAGAGGCGGAAAAAGUGAGAAGCCAAGAAGGACAUCUCGAAAACCAGCAUGAAAGAGAAGGAGAGCCUGGUGCAGAUGAGAUGGAGCACAGCACCUAAUUAACGUCUCUUGGCAAUGUCCCUGGUAUAUUUGUGCCCUGAGCCCUUGAAACUUUAGUAUAUACCGCCACUUUUCUGGUAUUAAAUUAUAAUGUGUGACAUACACAAUAAAGACCGUGAUCUUUUUAA